AAAAUGUACCCCAGCAAAUACAUACCAAAAUUCAAUUUGAAAUGUUAAAUUUGAAAAUGAAAAAGCCUUUCUGGAAAUGCUUUUUCAUUUGAAAUAUGGUAAUAAUUUGCUUUCAUACUAAAUAACAAUAUAGUAUAUACUGAGGCAGUGCGACCUCUAGCGGCUGAUAUUGGAAUCUAGUGUUAAAUGGCUUCUCUGUUGCCAGUGACAACAGACUGUAAACAAACAGAAAUAAAACAAAAGAGAGGAAGAACUGACAAAGUGUUUCUUUUAAAAUGAGCUCUCCCUCAUCAAUGGAAAGGAAAACGAGGCGCUCUCCUCUGCAGGGCCCUCUGAUGAAUGAACAGGGGGAAGAUAGGAGUGUGCUGUUCAAGAGGAACCAGCUGCAAGAUUCUCCCCCGAGUGACUUUGAGCUCAUGGCUGACAUGAUGCAGCGCAUUACUACACUGGAGAACAGAGUGAGGAGUCAAGCCCAAGAACUAGAACAGCAGGAUGAAAUCAUUUCAGUUUUGGAGGAGCAGCUGAGAUCUAGGGAAGAGUCAGAUUUAGAGAGUCCGUCAUGUAGCAGAGAAGAUCUUGAAAAAAAGUGCCAACUGCUGCAAAAUAAACUGCAGGAAAUGGAGAACUUCCUGAGUGACUAUGGUCUGAUCUGGGUGGGAGACAGAGACUCCAAUGACUCCGAAGAGAGCCAGUGUGCUACAAGCUCACAUGGGUUACCUACUGAAAAGGGCUUCCAAGUGAACUUUGACCUUGUUCUGCAGAGGAUCAGAGAGCUGAAUGCUCUUGCAGGCGAAGAGACUUUCGUGCAAGUAACGGGAAACAGAGCCAAGCUGGUGAAGAAAGAUCCUAUUCAGCUGAAGCUCUACAAAAACGGCAUCGUCAUGUUUGAUGGUCCUUUCCGCUCCUAUCAGGAUCACAGCACCCAGCGGUGCAUGGAAGACCUGAUGGAUGGCUACUUUCCAUCUGAGCUUCAGCAGAGAUUUCCAGAUGGGGUACCUUUGGAGGUUCAUGACCGUCGAGACGAGGAAUUUAUGUUUAGAGAGCCAUGGGACACAAUUCCUGGAGAGAGACAAGCGGUUUAUAGGGAUGAAUCAAUUAAUUAAUUUGGUUUUUUGCCAGGUGGGAGGCUGACCACAGAUCAGUUCCUCAGCAAGCUGCCAAAGGUAGUAGUGAAGGCUGGCAAUGUGAUCCACAUCAGGAGCUCCAUGAGAACUCUGCAGGGUGCUUCUGAGGCUCAGUGCAGCAGCUCAGAGACGCUCAUCAACACACCAGCGCUCCACUCAGUGAAGGGCAGAACACAGAUGAAAAACUGUGAAAAAACUGUCCAAGAUCUCAUCACCCUAAAGUUGAAAUCAGAGGAUGGGAAUCACAUCUAUGUCAUGAAAAUGAGCCCCUCAGAAACAGUAAGCCAGCUGCGAGCCUAUCUGGACAUUCACAGGGGAGCAGGUCAGCCUGAUUAUGACAUCAUCAGUACAUAUCCACCCUGCAGCUUCAGCGAUGAUGGCUGCACACUACAGUCAUGUGGACUUUCAUCAAAUGCGACUCUGCUGCUGCGUCGCAGGGAACAAAGCAAGCAGUAAACACUAAAGAGUUUGAGCUUCUCUUUGAUUUUCUGGAUCCUAAAAACAUUUGAAACAAUAAAUGUUAUAUUAGACAAUGUUUUAAUAUAAAUGCUGAUGAUGGGUAAGAAUAUAUGAAAAAGUGCCAUGAACUCUUGUGGUAACAGCCUAAAGUAUUAUCAACCCAAAGUCAUAGAUGUGAUAUAUUUGUGUUGGCCUUGUGAACCUUCUUGGAACCUUUCAUUAAUAAUUCCUGAUUUUCUGUUUCCUUGGGCUAUACUUCCAUUAUCUGCUGGUCAAUCAGCUGAAUGAGUACCUGGAUUCAUCUUACCAUAACACACAGCUAGAAUACAGGCAAUAGUGGUAAUAAAAUGAUCUUCAGCGCCUUGUGCCAGAGAACUGGACCAUCAAGUCUCACAGACGAUCAUUAAAAUACAUAUACGGUACAUACAAAGAUGUUUUUUUUUUAUGUUAAAAACUUUACUGUCCUACAAUAACAUGUGUCUACAGGGGCCAAGCUUUUGCAUCUUAGAAGCACCUGAUGCCCUGUUCUAAAUAUGGAGGAUCUGUGAUGCUGUGGGGCUGGUUUCUUUCCAAAGGUUUGGAGCCUAGUUACAAUUCAUCACAGCACUGAGACAUUUUCUAAUAUGGGAUUUGAAAUAAAAAUCUCAAGGCCUUGCCAUUCAAA